UCUUCUGUCCCAGGUCCUGUGGUACAGGUGAACUGAGGAAAGCUUGCCGUACUUGUUGGUAACCUGGCUGGUUGGGUUAUCGUACAAUUUUUCUGACUUGUAUUUCCUCGAAGCUGUAGGUUUCUUGGACAUUCUCUAUCAUAAAACGCACACAUCUUUUAUCAUCAGUGUACGCUGCAAAUCAUUCAGCAUGCAGCCGUUUUGAAAUUAUAUGGAGUUUGUGGGCACUGGCUCUCUUUUCUAAUAUUGUGCUUGCACUGUAAACCUGGAAUUUUGUGUAAAUGGCAGAAGUAUAUUAUUAUUCGGCAACAUGUCAUUGUAAUUUCUCGUAACUUCCAUCCGAGCGUCCUCAUUUGCUUGGGUCACAGCAUUGUAAUACUCCGUAUGCAGCAGGGAGUCCAAAUUUGAAGUUGAUAGCACUACAGAGACGGAAAUCCAAUUAGACUCAAAAAUGUUUUUUCUGCGCCCCCUUCCGUCAACGCCGCUUGCUGCCGGAGGAUGGCAGCCUCUCGUUGCCUUUUUCUGGUCGUGAUCUCGUUGUCGCCUUUGACCACCGGUGCUGGGAGGGAGCUGUGUGGAUCCUUGUGUCCGUGGCUUGGGUGAUUCUCUCGUUCUCCCUUGUUGCAUGAUCCGAUGCUCCUUCGGAGCUGGCGCAUCUCGUCGUGGUCGUUGUUAGUUCUGGGGGCAAUCCCGUACCUCCUCCAAGCUCCCAUGCUUAGGAUCCUCUUGUAGACCUUGCUCCUGCAUUUGGUACCUUCAUCAAGUUGCUCCCGCGGCGGGCGGUGCCCUUCGUGCGUUGGAUGUGUUCGUUGGUUCGCUCCGGGUUUUGGUUGGCUUGGAUUCUUUGUUCGUAGUUUGGUUACGAGUUACCCGGCUCGUCGGCAUUCGCCAGAUGGGUAUGGGUUCCUCUCUGUAUCUGCGUUUCAUGCUUUGCUCGAGUAAUAGUAGUAGCAAGGAGAUUCCCCCAAAAUCAUUCAUGAUUAAAAAAGCCCGCGACGCCGAGGCACGAGACCAACGGCUCUGUUAUUCUUUGGCACAUGCCGUGUGCGCACACUGCCAAAGCUCCGGACAAACGGCACGCAGCGGUAGCCGCUACGGAACAGAGAGGCCAAUACCCUACACUGCCACAGUGCCACUGUUGCUCGCGGGGAAAAACCAUAAUAAACUAACUAAAGAACUGAACCUUGGGAUCGAAUCGUGCAGUUUGUUCGGAUCAAUCUCGAUCUACUCCAUGCCCUGUUUGCGGCUGCUGCUUCAGCUUCAAGCAGGGCUGCAGGACUCUGCUCGAUCCACCUGUUCGUGAUCGCACACUCGCGCAGAUGAGCUCCCUCGCAAGUAAGUACUACUUACUGUACUUUUCUCACCCGUCCCCAUGCAUGUUGCUGCAUAGCUACAUCAGCAUUGCUACAUUGCUACUGCAAGAGCUGGGAAAUCUCACUGCGACGCAACGCUCUGUGAUUUACGCCUCAGGUUCCUGGGCGACGAUGAUGAACUUGUGUGGGAGCCCGGCUUGUUGCGGCCAGGGCGUCCUCAGACAAGUAUUCGACGGCUCCACCUGCACCAACCACCUGGUGGAAACCGGCAUCGUCGCGCCGCUCGCGCUCACGCUCCUGCUCCAGUUCCUCGUCAGACUCCCCGAGAGCAGAGCGUCCUCCGCACGCCGGCGGCUUCUCAGGCCCAGCUCACCGCUGCAUCUUGCCACCGUGCUCUUCAAUGGCUGCUUGGGGUUGUUCCAUCUCGUCCUGGGACUGUGGAUGCUGCUGGGGAGCAACUUCAGCAGUCAGGACGCCUCUAGGACUUACCUGCCGCACUGGUGGCUCGUGACACUGUCCCAGGGGUUCAGCUUGGUCCUCGCCGGCUUUGCUUUCGCCGCCGGGACCCAGUUUCUCGGGCCGGCAUUCGCUCGACUAUGGUCGGUGUCGCUGACCGUCUACGCGGCGUUCGUCUGCUGUUCCUCGGCUGUCACCAUUAUCGCGGAGAAGGCGGUCACCGUCAAGGCCUGUUUGGACCUCCUGUCCCUGCCAGGCGCAGUUAUGUUUCUCAUCUACAGCAUGCAGAGCAGCCAUGACGAAGAGGGACAUGAAGAUGAAGGAUUAUACAAGCCACUGAAGACGGAUGAUACAGCUGACAGUCAAGAGGUAGCUGCUGAUUCUUCAGAGAGCACCCACCAGAAGGUGACUCCCUUUGCCAGAGCUGGCAUUUUGAGCCAGAUGACAUUCUGGUGGCUGAACCCUCUGAUGAAGACGGGCUACCAGAAGCCCCUCGACGACAAAGACAUGCCGCUGUUAGGCGCCGCAGACCGGGCACAGAGCCAGUACUCAAUGUUCUUGGAGAAGCUGAACAAGAACAAAAACAAGCAGACGUCACAUGAUGCCACACCACCAUCAAUCCUGUGGGCUAUUGUUUCUCAACACAAGUGUGGGAUCAUGGUCUCAGGUCUCUUCGCCCUGCUCAAGGUGCUCACCUUGUCCACAGGCCCGCUGCUUCUGAGGGCAUUCAUCAACCUGUCAACCGGGAAAGUGACCUCCGAUUCCAAGCAUGAAGGCUAUAUGCUGGCUGCGCUCAUGUUCAUCUGCAAAUUGUGCGAGUCGCUGUCGCAGAGGCAGUGGUACUUCCGCACCCGGAGGCUGGGGCUCCAGGUGAGGUCGCUCCUCUCGGCGGCCAUCUACAGGAAGCAGCAGAAGCUAUCAAGCUCGGCGAAGAUGGCGCACUCCUCGGGACAGAUCAUGAACUACCUCACCGUGGACGCGUACCGGGUCGGGGAGUUCCCGUACUGGUUCCACCAGACAUGGACGACGGUCGUCCAGCUCUGCAUCGCUCUGGUGAUCCUUUACAGCGCGGUCGGCGCCGCCAUGGUCUCGUCCUUGGUCGUCGUCGUCAUCACCGUGCUCUGCAACGCUCCGCUGGCCAAGCUGCAGCACAGGUUCCAGAGCAAGCUGAUGGAGGCGACCGACGCGAGGCUGAAGGCCAUGUCAGAGUCACUGGUCCACAUGAAGGUGUUGAAGCUCUACGCGUGGGAAGGUCACUUCAAGAAGGCCAUUGAGGAGCUGAGGGAGGUCGAGUACAGGUGGCUGUCGGCGUUCCAGCUGAGCAGGGCGUACAACAGCGUCCUCUUCUGGUCGUCGCCUGUCUGGGUCUCGGCGGUGACAUUUCUGACAUGCUACUUUCUGGAGAUCCCUCUUGAUGCCAGCAACGUCUUCACCUUCAUCGCAACCCUGCGUCUGGUGCAGGACCCGAUUCGGGCGAUACCAGAGGUUCUUGGCGUCGUGGUGCAGGCUAAGGUGGCUUUCACUCGGAUAGAGAAGUUUCUAGGUGCACCUGAGCUGAAUGGACGAGCUAAGGAGAAAUGCUCCUCCGUGGCCAUCAGUUACCCGGUAGCGAUGAACUCGUGUGGCUUCUCGUGGUGCGAAGAUCCAUUGAAGCCUAAUCUGAAGGACAUAAGUUUGGUGGUAAAAGCCGGGGAGAAGGUUGCCAUUUGCGGAGAGGUUGGGUCAGGAAAGUCGACGCUUUUGGCUGCGAUGCUCGGAGAGGUCCCGAGAACUCAAGGCACGAUUCAAGUCUGCGGAAAAAUAGCAUAUGUGUCACAGAACGCAUGGAUCCAAACCGGAACCGUGCAGGAGAACAUCCUCUUCGGGUCUCGUAUGGACAGCCAAAGGUACCAGGAAACACUCGCGAGGUGCUCGCUGGUGAAGGACCUUGAGAUGUUGCCGUACGGAGACGAUACUGAAAUCGGGGAGAGGGGAGUGAAUCUGAGUGGCGGUCAGAAGCAGCGCCUUCAGCUUGCUCGUGCGUUGUACCAAGACGCAGACAUAUAUCUCCUCGACGACCCUUUCAGCGCCGUCGAUGCCCAUACAGCAACUAGCCUCUUCAAUGAAUAUGUCAUGGGCGCCCUUUCAGACAAGACUGUUCUUUUGGUCACCCACCAAGUCGAUUUUCUACCCGUCUUCGACUCCAUUUUGCUGAUGUCAGAUGGGGAGGUUAUUCGGUCGGCACCUUAUCGAGAUCUAUUCGCGGACUGUCAAGAAUUCAAAGACCUUGUAAAUGCCCAUAAGGAUACCAUUGAGAUUUCAGAUGUUGAUAACAAUGUUGCUCCUCACAGAGCAAACGGAACAUCAACAAAGGAGAAGCAUCAUAUCAAUGGAAGUGGAUACACGAAGUCUGAGAAGCCAUCACCAGCACACCAACUGAUCAAGGAAGAGGAAAGAGAGACAGGAGACACUGGACUUAAGCCCUACAUGAUUUACCUACGCCAGAACAGAGGCUUCAUGUAUGCCUCUCUGUGUGUCAUUUCUCACAUGAUCUUCAUAGUGGGGCAAAUAGCGCAGAACUCUUGGAUGGCGGCGAAUGUCCAAGAUCCGCGUGUCAGUACACUGAGGCUAAUCACGGUGUACAUUGUUAUCGGACUUUGCACGGUGUUGUUUUUGCUAUCAAGAUGUCUAUCGGUUGUUGUUCUCGGGGUCCAGACAUCGAGAUCCUUGUUUUCCCAGUUACUUGACUCGUUGUUCCGUGCACCGAUGUCCUUUUAUGAUUCUACUCCUCUAGGAAGGGUCCUUAGCCGGGUCUCUUCCGAUUUGAGUACUGUCGACCUUGAUGUCCCAUUCGCGUUCAUGUUUAGCCUUAGUGCCAGCUUGAAUGGAUACAGCAAUCUGGGGGUAUUGGCUGUUGUUACAUGGCAAGUUCUAUUUGUGUCCGUGCCAAUGAUAGUUUUGUCAGUUAGGCUACAGAGGUAUUACUUAGCCUCUGCUAAGGAACUUAUGCGGAUCAAUGGCACUACCAAGUCUGCUCUAGCAAAUCACCUAGGCGAAUCAAUUUCAGGGGCUAUAACCAUAAGGGCCUUCGAGGAAGAAGAUCGUUUCUUUGAUAAAAAUUCUGAUCUUGUUGACAAGAAUGCUAUCCCAUACUUCUACAACUUUGCAGCAACGGAAUGGCUGAUUCAGCGCCUUGAAAUAAUGAGUGCUGCAGUCCUUUCUUUUUCUGCAUUUCUCAUAGUUCUUCUUCCUCCAGGAACUUUUAGCCCUGGUUUUGUGGGAAUGGCAUUGUCGUAUGGUCUUUCCAUAAAUAUGUCUUUUGUUUCCUCUAUUAGAAAGCAAUGCACCUUUGCGAAUCAAAUAAUAUCCGUGGAACGGGUGAACCAGUACAUGGACAUAAAAAGUGAAGCAGCAGAAGUCAUCGAAGAAAACCGGCCGGCACCGGAUUGGCCUCAAAUUGGUAGUGUGGAGAUUAGAGAUUUGAAGAUUAGGUACAGAAAGGAUGCUCCCCUUGUACUGCAUGGAAUCAGUUGCAAGUUUGAAGGUGGAGAUAAAAUUGGUAUAGUUGGUCGAACAGGAAGUGGGAAGACAACCUUAAUUGGCGCAUUGUUUCGCCUUGUUGAACCAUCUGGAGGGAAAAUAAUUAUUGACUCUUUGGACAUCACUUCUAUCGGCUUACAUGACCUGCGUUCACGUUUGGGCAUCAUCCCACAAGACCCGACACUUUUUCAGGGCACUGUAAGAUAUAAUCUAGAUCCACUCGGGCAAUUCUCAGACCAACAAAUAUGGGAGGUUCUGGAUAAAUGUCAACUUUUCGAAGCUGUCCAGGAGAAAGAACAGGGGUUGGAUUCACUUGGUAGGAAAUUCCAUCUGCAUAUGCACUUUAGUUUCUGGAGUUCAUUUUUUCUGUUCCUAAGAAACUGCGAAAACAUUGCGGAAGACGGAUCGAACUGGAGCAUGGGCCAGAGGCAGCUCUUCUGCUUGGGACGCGCACUUUUGAGAAGGUGUCACAUCUUAGUUCUUGAUGAAGCCACGGCCUCUAUAGACAAUGGAACAGAUGUUGUCCUUCAGAAGACUAUUCGAACAGAAUUCACACAUUGCACCGUUAUUAUGGUCGCGCACCGUAUACCGACAGUUAUGGACUGCAAUAUGGUACUUGCAAUGAGCGAUGGGAAAAUAAUGGAGUAUGACAAACCUACAAACCUAAUGGAAACCGAAGGAUCCUUCUUCCGCGAGCUGGUCAGGGAGUACUGGUCAUACACAUCAAACAGAAAUAUAUAGAUCAUUUUUUUUAUUCACAAAAUUACUGUAGCAAGGCAAUAAUAAGAAAGCCAACAGAAUUUGACAGGAAUUCAUGUACGUAGAAAACAGAGGAAUCCAAGCAAUGAUGUAUUGAGGCAACAUACUUCUAGUGCUAAAUAUAUGCGACCUUACACUGACACCGUAUCACGCUUUUAGUAGGAACAAAAAAAGGAGCUGUUGGUAGGACAUUGAUUUUCACAAGUUUUUGCUAUGGAAGGGGAGACAAGGGAAACUUGCAAACUUUGCUAAUCCCUCCGUUUCUAAAUAUAUGCCCUUUUAGAGAUUUCAAUAUGGACUAUAUACGGAGCAAAAUGAGUGAAUCUACACUCUAAAAUAUUUCUAUAUACAUCCGUAUGUAGUCCCUAGUGAAAUCUCUAAAAGGUACUCUCUCCGUAACCAGAUCAAGGAUGCUGUAGUAACCAGAUCCAUAGGAAUUAGAAUCCAAAUAAAAAAUUGGAAAAGCUAUUUGUUCUUUCAGAAUACCGACAAUUAAGAGCUGCCACAACUCAUGGUUCCAUGAGCAAAAGUCUGUCGAAUUAGACCCUUCUAAUAAAGUCUUUCGGUGCUGGUUGCGAGCUACUCCAGUAAUUAACUACUGCAGGUAUUAGUUUCUGACCGAGUGACUCUUUAAGACCACAUGUGAAAUUUAGUCCGUAGAGUGAGGAGAUUUUCUACUAUAGCAGUUGGUAGCGAAGCAUACCAUCGAUGAAGUGUCCGGGGAGGAAGGAGCUCCAGAAAAGAGU